CGCAAAAGCAUAAAACAAACAUAUCAGAAAAUAUUAUGAAAAUUCCGACAUAUAUGCGAAUAAAGUUCCACUGAUCUGCGGAAUUUAUGAUGUUUAAACAUGAUGUUUAAACUACAUUUUGGUUACUUAUUGGCACAGAGCAAUACAGUGUAACGCUUACUGGUUGGGGACCACAAAAAAGCGGACAACCAUCAACCCCAGACGGCCCAGAGAAGACACUCCAACAUGCACACUUGGUGUAGAGUACCACUACCCUUGGGAUUAUGCCCAACAAGUGCACUACCCUCCAUCAUUCUCAACAGGUGGGUGCAGUAUAUUUUAGAACAACAAAGUUCCAUGUGUUUGGUGUUUGUGCUGUGGGAUCAGGAGAGUUAAGCUGCAGAUCUGCUAUCUACAACUCCAAAAUGAACAUAUUUUUUGUUUUCUGCUUCGUGCUUGGAUGUUCGUUAUCAACAUAUGCUACAUAUCAUACACGAACGUACGGUGGAAACCAACAAACAUGCUGCACUGAUUAUUUGGGACGUCGUAUUCGACCAGGUCAGAAUUAUUUUGAUGGCUGUAACACGUGUAUUUGUGGACAAGCUGGCGUGCCUUCCAUAUGUACAUUGAGAUACUGUGGACCGAAUGAUAUAAAUACUGGGAGAACUUCUUACGGCGGUGCUCAAGUCUUACCAACUAUACCAGUCGAUCCUGUUCCUCCAGUUAGACCAUACAACGUUAAUCCGAUGGCACCCGUUAGACCAACUAAUCCAUCAUACAACGUUAAUCCGAUGGUACCCGUUAGACCAAUUAAUACAUCAUACAACGUUAAUCCGAUGGCACCCGUUAGACCAAUUAAUACAUCAUACAAUGUUAAUCCGAUGGCACCCGUUAGACCAAUUAAUCCAUCAUACAAGGUUAAUCCGAUGGCACCCGUAUCUCCGACAUAUCCACCAUAUCAAACAAGGAAAUACUAACUCUUGGCCUGUGUUUGGAAGACGUUGUAUCAGUUGAUUGUUAAAUACAUGAUCCAAUGUUUCCGAGUAUUGGAUCAACGAUGAUCUCGACAAGAAUAUAAAAAAGAUAAUAAUUUCAAAGGAUUCUAUUAAGAACAUUUAUGUUUUAAUGGACAAUAUCUAUCACAUUCCCCUUUUGUUAUACAAAAAUCUAUUUGGACAAUAAAUUUAAGUC